AUGCGACUCCAACGAGCCGGCAAUACUUCAAGUACAUCUGAAUUAGAAUUGUUUUCUAAUUGGAUAUUAAAAGUUGGCGAUGGGAAAUUGGAAGAACCUAACGAUGGUUACACGGAUAUUCCUAUUCCAAAUGAUUUCUUAAUUUCUAACUAUGAUGAUCCACUAGAAGCCAUUGUUAGUGAAACAUAUCCGAAUUUUCUUAACAAUUACAAGAAUCCAGAAUUUUUGCAAUCAAGAGCUAUAUUGGCAGGAACAAUUGAAACGGUUGACAUCAUAAAUCAAUACGUUUUGGGAUUCAUACCAGGUGAAGAAAAGGAAUAUUUAAGUUCAGAUUCUGUAGACACUUUUAACGGUGAAGGAAAUGAAGCUUUUGAUGUUUUGACCCCGGAAUUUUUGAAUACACUUACAACUUCCGGUCUACCUAACCACAAGAUUAAAUUGAAGAUUGAGACCCCUAUUAUGUUGCUUCGAAACAUUGAUCAACCUGAAGGUCUCUGCAAUGGAACAAGGCUUAUAGUUACAAGAUUGGAGGGGUUAUCUAUAUUCCAAGAAUGGAUAUGA